AUACAUAACUACACAAUAAUCCAGACAUUACAAUUACAAUUAUAAUAAAGAAGGAACUUUAAAUUCAAAUAUCUAGGGCAGGGGAAUGGUCCAGUUAGGCAAGAAAAGAGUUGAAAAAAUGUGGAAAAAGCAGAGUAAUAUUGAUAUAAAUAUGGUGGGGGAGCAAAUAAAGAAAGUGGAAAAAGGAGCAUGGCCUUGAUAUAUGAGAUGAUGAACGUAGAAAACGCUUUUGGUAUAAAGAAACGGCAAAAGGAGCAAGUGCUGGCAGAGUUUGGUGAGGAAAUGGGAGGCAAAAUAUGAGUGAAAUACCGCCUUAUAUAUAUAUAUAUCUUCACAUAUAGAUAUAUAGAUAGUGGUGUGGUGUGGUGUGGUGUGGUGUGGUGUGAUGUGGUGUGGGUGCCUUCCAUCAUCACCAAGCACGCCGGCAGCUUUUCUCCCUCUCGAUACCCAAAUGUCACGCCUGCUCUCUCUCUCUCUCACACACACACAUAAAGCCUACAUAAAGUUGCAUGAAAAGCAAUUUCCCACUACUCCCCCAUUUCCAUGCCCCAUCCACUUUAUUCUUAUUUUAUACCCCCUGCCCCUUCUUAUUAUAUACCCUAUCUAGCUAAUCUCUUUGUAUAUAUAUAUAUAUAUAGAGGUGAGAGAAGCAACCCCUUCUUGUGUUUUAAUAUCAUCAAAUUGUUCAAUAGUAGUAGUACUACCAAGUCCAAGAUUCCCCCCUCCGUGUUGUGUGUUUGAUGUGUGGGUCAUUUGAUUAGAUGGAUACUUUGUUUAGGCUCGUUAGUCUCCAAUCCGACCAAUCCAUUAAUUCUAGCCGAACGUCUAGUAGCUCGCGAUCUCAGAAUCACAACUACCAUCAUCAUCAUCAUCAAGACCAGGAAUGCCUCAACUAUUUCAUGGAUCAUGAAGAGGACUUCUCUUCCUCUUCCUCCUCCAAACACCACCCAAUCUCCACCACUGAUCACCAUUACCACCAUGCCUACGACCAAUCCUCUCAUAUUUCCGCGCCGCCACACGACGUGAGCAUGGAGUUUCCAGCCGCCUUCUCCGGCCAGAACAAGUGGGCCACGGAGAUCCUUCUAGAAACAGCUAGAGCCAUCACUGAUAAAAACACCGCCCGCUUUCAGCAGCUGAUGUGGAUGCUCAACGAGAUGAGCUCUCCCUACGGAGACGUCGAUCAGAAGCUAGCCGCCUACUUUCUACAAGCCCUCUUCAGCCGCAUGACCGACUCGGGCGAGUUGAACCGCCGCAAUUUAAUCUCCUCGGCGGAGAAGGCUGCGUCCUUCUCCGCCACGAGAGAGACCGUGCUGAAGUUCCAGGAGGUCAGCCCGUGGACCACGUUCGGCCACGUGGCCUGCAACGGGGCGAUCAUGGAGGCCGUGGAUGGAUCUGCCAAAAUCCACAUUAUUGAUCUCAGCAACACGUACUGCACGCAGUGGCCGACGCUGCUCGAGGCCAUCGCCACGCGAUCCGACGACACGCCGCACCUCCGCCUCACCACGGUCGUCGGCGGCCGCGGAGACGGCGCGAGCGCCGGCGCCGCCGCGGUGCAGCGGCUGAUGAGGGAGAUCGGGAGCAGGAUGGAGAAAUUCGCGCGGUUGAUGGGGGUUCCGUUCAAGCUCAACGUGAUCCACCACGCCGGGGAUCUGUCGGAGCUCAACCUCGCCGCGAUCGGGAUCGAGGAGGACGAAGCCCUAGCGAUCAAUUGCGUCGGAUCGCUGAGAUCGGUAAGGGCUACCGGCAACAAUCGGGAUCAAUUGAUCUCCAAUUUCAGGAAAUUGAGGCCGAGGAUCGUCACAAUCGUCGAAGAAGAAGCAGAUCUGAACAUCGGAGACGGCGGUUACGAAUUCGUGAGGGGAUUCGAGGAGUGCUUGAGGUGGUUUAGGGUUUACUUCGAGGCGCUGGAGGAGAGCUUCCCUCGCGCGAGCAACGAGCGGCUGAUGCUGGAGAGGGCGGCGGGGAGGGCGGUGGUGGACCUGGUGGCGUGCCCACCGCAUGAGUCGGUGGAGAGGCGGGACGCGGCGGCGAGGUGGUGCCAGCGCAUGCAUGGAGGGGGGUUUAGGGCGUGGUCGUUUAAUGAGGAGGUGAACGACGAUGUGAGGUCGCUGCUGAGGAGGUAUAAGGAGGGGUGGACGAUGGGGCAGAGAGGGGAUGCCGCCGGAAUAUUCCUUUCGUGGAGGGAGCAGCCGGUGGUGUGGGCGAGUGCGUGGAAACCCUCGUAGGGCUGCUGUGCAUGAGUGUGGGUUUGGUGUGGGAAAUUAGUGAAUUAAUUAAUGGGUUUGAUUAAAUGAUUUUUAUCUUUUUCUUUUUUGUGGCUUUUAUGUUUUUUUGUUCUUUUCCAAUUUAUGGAUUGGUUUGAUCAAUUGAAUUAAUUGUCAUUAACAAUUUUGCGUAAA